AACAGCUCGGACACUUGUCGCUGAUUCAGAAGUCCCGGGACUGAGCGAAGACUCCGGUGCUGGUUCCGCCCGUCCGCCUCAGAACUGCUCCGGGGAGAACCAACAACCAGAACCUGAGGCGGAUUCAUUGGAUUUUAAGGUGUUUGGUUUCGGGGGGAGUGUGUCGUGAUCUGGUUGGUGUCGCGCGGCUGCUGGUUCCCCGGCGACAGGCGGUUAGCAUCGGGAGCAGCUCAACAUGGUGGCCUGGAAGACUGCGCUCCGCUCGGAGGGAUUCUCUCCGAUUUGACGCGACUUUUGAGCCUCCCCAUCGACGCUCCUCUCACAGGAACCAGGGCGCUCGGGUACCGAGGUGUUUUCUCUUCGUCUACUCUCCCCACUCGGGACUCGAACCCGUCGUGUUCGGUGGAGCGUGUAUAAUCCGAGUUUACUGGUCAACUUUGAAAAGUUGCUUCGACCCUGGAAAACGAACCUCGGACCCGCUAUUGUUGACGCUCGUGCUCCCAAACAUGAAGAGUCGUGCGUGACUGCUGGAUUAUUAUGGAUUACUAUGACCGUGGCCUAAUCCGUUGCGCGCCACACCGGGAGUUUUGGGAGUAAGUGUCGGAGCCGCAGGUGAGAUGUUCCCGCAGAGGAGCGACGGUUUCCCCCGCUUGUGAUUGAGAGGAGUGAGGUACAUGGAGACUCGCCUGACAUGCCAAGGAAGGAGUUGCCGCUACCUGAGGGUUGGGAGGAAGCCAGAGACUUCGAUGGGAAGAUCUACUACAUCGACCACAUCAACCACAUCACCAGCUGGAUCGACCCCAGAGACAGGCAAACCAAGCCUCUGACGUUUGCCGACUGCAUUGGUGAUGAGCUGCCGGUGGGAUGGGAGGAGGCCUACGACCCGGUGGUGGGUGCCUACUAUGUGGACCACAACACCAAGAGCACUCAGCUGGAGGACCCGCGGGCCCAAUGGCAGCGCGAGCAGGAGGCCAUGCUGCGAGAGUACCUGGCCGUGGCCCGGGAUGCCCUCAGCGCCCAGAAGGAGAUCUACCAGGUGAAGGAGCAGCGGCUGCAGCUGGCUCAGCAGGAGUAUCGGCAGCUCAAUGCCUGGAAGGACAAGUCCACGUCUCAGACCAGCUUGAGCUCCAGGUCGUCGUCCUCCAGCAAGUACGACCCCGACAUCCUGAAGGCAGAAAUCGCCACGGCCAAGAGUCGGGUGAACAAGCUCAAGAGAGACUUGGCCUGCAUGAAGCAGGAGCUGCAGUUCAAGGAGCAAGGCUUUGAGACUCUCAGAGAAAUCGACCAGAAGGUGUCCAACAGUUCACACGGCUUCAGACUGCAGGAGGCCCAGGCCAUCCUCAGCGAGGUCCGAUCCAUCCGAGAUGCCAUCAGCUCCGGAGAGAAGGAGAAGCAGGAGCUCAUGCAGAAACUGGCAGUCCUGAAGGACAGCUUCCAGCUGGACUCUGGGUCACAGCAGGAGCUGUGGGGCAGCAGUCCGUCGUUGGCGAACUCUGAAGUGUCCAUUCCUAGACUCUACUCUGACGCCGGGUCGCAGACCGACAUCCCCGCAGAGUUCACGACAAGCGGCAACAAACUGGCUGAGAAGGUUCGUCUGAGUCUGAAGUACGAGGAGACCAAGAGGAGGAUCGCUACCAUCGAGGUGCAGAUCGCCAAGCUGGACAGUGAGGCAUGGCCUGGGCUGCUGGACCCGGAGCGGGACCGCCUGAUCCUGAUCAAUGAGAAGGAGGAGCUGCUGAAGGAGCUGCAGUACGUCAGUCCUCGCCAGAGGCUGGAGCCCAAUGAUGCUCAGAGGCUGGAGACGGAGAAGAAGAGGCUGGAGAAGGACCUGCAGGCGGCGCGGGAUAACCAGAGCAAGGCUCUCACUGAGAGGCUGCGUCUCCACUGCAGGAGGAACAAGCUGGUGCGAGAGCUGGAGGAGAUGGUGCGGCUGGCCUCGUCACUGCACUCGCAACUCAAGAGCCUGUCUGCCAGCACCCUGUCCUGCUCUUCCGGCAGCAGUCGCGGUUCUCUGACGUCCAGCCGCGGUUCCCUGGCCACCACAUCCAGCCUCGGUUCCUCGUCCUCCCUCAGCUUCACCGAUAUCUACCUGGAGCAGCCGGAACUGGCCGACCCGGACUUUCAGAAUAAGCUGGACAGUCUCCUGCAGGAGGGGAGUCAAGGGGGCUACAGGCCCUCCAGCUCCAUUACCACCAUCCAUGAACAUGAGGUAGUGAUGGGCAGCACUGGAAGGGACACCGGCACUUAUGAGGGGAAAACAACAACCCCUGGGGGAGACGUAGCGCCCCCUGCUGGAGGAGGCGUGGAGACAGGGUCGUCCAGGAUCCAGGCGCUCAGACUCUCAGAAACUCCUCACUCUAUGAGCUCCUUGUCUCCACGCUCCUCCCUGUCCUCGCUGUCUCCGCCAUGCUCGCCGCUGGUCACGGACGGCAGCUUCCUCUCUGGCGAGGCCUUCACGCCUCAGACAGGAUUGGACCUGGAGCUCCGCAGCAGACUUGCUGAGCUGGAACUCAGUCUGGACUCACAGGAGCAGCGGGAUGUCCACAGAGGCGGUCUGCGAGAGAAACCGAGCUUGGGUGAAGAGGUCAAAGACUCUGUGCCACAGCUACGAGGGGUGGAGCCUAAGAAGAUGGGCGUGAUCUCAGCUGUGUCUGAUGAGUCAGUGGCAGGAGACAGUGGCGUGUAUGAACCCACUGAGCGCAGGCAGGGGCUCCCUGCAGACCUUCUGGCCUCUUACGAAGACCGGUUAGCAUCAGGCUGCUCUCAGGUCCAACUGGGUUUCCGCUAUGAGUCCAGAGAUCAGCGCUUCACCAUCUUCAUCAUGCAGCUGACCAACUGCAGCGCCCUAUGCCUCCCUGCUGACCAGAAAAUGUACAUCCGAGCGGCGGUGCUGCCCUGCAUGGAAGCCACCCGCUGCCUCUUCCGGACUCGCGGCUCGCUCCCCCGCGACUCGAUAGAGAUCAAUGAGGUGUUCGGCCUGCAGAUCUCCCAGAGUGCACUGCGGCAGAAGACUCUGAGGGUGGAUGUUUGCAACACUGGCAAGUCGGGACACGAACACUGCCGGGCCGGGGCUCAGAUCAGUUUGGCAGAUGUGGUGUGUUCAGAAGUAAGAAGCACUAAGUGGUACAACCUGCUGAGCCGAGUUUUCAAGCCGGACAAGGAGAGUAGAGCGCCUCCUGGUGCUGAUAUGGUCGGUGUGUCCUGCAGUGAGCAAACAGCUGAGGAUGAUGAGUGGAGCGGAGACCUGGUGGAGGCUGACGUAUUUGACGAAGAGGAGAGUCUGGAGAGGGCGGAGCCAAACGAGGGAGAGGGGCGUCCGGGCGAGGAUGACUCCUUCUAUCCCGACAGCAGCCCGUGGGAUGGCGAGGAGCAUGAGGAGAGCAAGGAGGAGCAAGCUCCUGCGGCAGCAGCGAUCGUCACUGAGAGGCUGAACAAGGAGACCAGCAUGGGCGGUGGUCAGUCGUCCGUGGUCCGGCCGAAGGAACGCUGCCAGAACCCCUUCAUGAGGGGUAGCAACAUCAUCCGCUCCAAGACCUUCUCUCCUGGACCCCAGAGCCAGUACAUCUGCCGGAUCAACCGGAGUGACAGCGACAGCUCCACGCUCUCCAAAAAGUCUCCGUUUGUGAGAAACGCCUCAGAGCGACGUAGCAUGAGAAUGAAAAAGCCUCCAGUGCAGGCUAAAGGUCUGGAUGGUCUGCUGCGGACGUCUCUGGAUCUGGAGCUGGACCUGCAGGUCUCCCGGACCCGCCAGGCCCGACUGACACAGGAGCUACGCGUCCUGCGGGAGCUGAAGUCUCAGCUGGAGAAAGCCAGACAGCAGGGUCAGCGGGAGCUUCCGUCCUGGGUCCAGGAGGAUGAACGCUUCCGUCAACUGCUCAAACAGGCUGAGAAGCAGGUGUGGUGCUUGUCCAACAGGCCGUGGAAGUCUGGACCUGCUGUUGGUUGUCACGCGCGUGUUUGUGUGUGUCUUCAGACUCGGGAGGAGCAGCUGCAGGAGAAGCGGGUGGAGAAGAUGAUGAGGGCAGCUGCCAAGGACGUUCACAAGAUCAGAGGCCAGAGCCACAAGGAGGUGCCUGAGGUCCAGACCUUCAGAGAGAAGAUGGCGUUCUUCACACGGGCCCGCAGCAGCAUCCCAGACCUGCCGGCGGAUGACGUGUAGAGAAGCAUUUCAAAGUAUUGUCCCUCUGACUGUCGCUGCUCCACUGGAAUCAUGAAGAACCUUUUGACCGUAUAUGUUUCUAGUCCAGACUCGUUGAAGAAACCAUGGCUAGCUUUGUAAAGUAGUGACAACGCUGCUCUUCUCCGCUCCUGUUACUAACUUCUCUGACGUUCACGUGGUCGACACACUCGGUACUGCAGACUCCGUCGCUGCUCUCACGUUCACGUGUCAACGAUCAUCAGCAGUUUACUGCACACAAACAUGUAAACAAACUGCACAAGUGUAUAUUUUCAGAUGUGUGUCAACAAUUGUGGAUAUAAGUAGCACAAACUGUUCUUAAUUGCAAAUCCCGUGAAAAUGUGGAUUUAAAGUCGAUGACCUUUGACCCCUGGGGUCCAUGAGUCAGCGUGCGACAAUUAUUUCUGCUGAAUGUCUCAUGAAGACGACGCCUAUGUUCCUGAUCUAAAGUACCAACCUGUGUCCGCAGCUCGUACGUGGAAGCUACACGUACCGCGUACCUCAAGGUUCUGUCCUAAACCUUUUGGUUUUUAACCUGAUCUCCAACCUGCACAUGCAGUCCUGACACACUCUAUCAGAAGAUAUUGCCAAUGAUAUUUUUCUGAAUUUUAAACUCUCUGUUUCUGGGAAGAAAAAAAACGGUGUAAAUGUUUCUAAAAUAAUUUCGAUUUAUGAACGCCAUUAGACAAACACCAGCACCAUCUUUUAUCCUGUUGGUUGUGAAUAUUAGGCGUUUCGCUCUGAUGGUUGUUAUAGAAACACACACGUAGACACUAACACCCACUAACACUUGGUUAGCUGCUCCGAUAGUCAAGGAAAAGAAAAAUCGAAACAUUUGCUGGAAUGACGCUCGAUUGACGCACACAGGAAGUGCUGAAACUGACUGUGAACUUGAUUGUAUUUUUUUAAACGCUUGUCGUUGAAUUAAUGUGUCGGUCAGUGUUUUGUUCAAUGAAUUUUCCCUUCCGAACAUUCCUGAUGUACAACCACUAACAACCGAACAACACUGGGUAUACAGUACGUUUUCCAAGAGGCUCAGUCAUUUGUCAGAGACCCAGAGUAGAGCAGCUGCCGACUGUGUGAGUUCAGGUGCCUUCUUUUGAAAACCAGCAGGGAAAUCUGGGACAUCUCUGGAGGGGUGGCGGGGAAAGGGACGGCAUUUCUGGGGCGACAGUGUGGCCUGACCAGUGUGUAACAUAUCCAGACUCAGGUAGAAGUAGUGUUCUGCCAGCAGGCGGAGUCCAAAAGCAACAAUUGUCAUUAGCACCCGGAGAACCAGUGUCUCCACCGUCCCUACCUUAGACCAGCAAACCUCAAUUACCUUAGGUUUAAACACAGUUCAAUUCAUGUUGAGUUUGUUUAGUCUCCUGCCGGAAACAAAUGGCCUGCCGUGAUGUCAACUUUGUGUCCCGUUAAAAUGUUCCAUAAAUACUGUUCAAAUGUGGGCUGGUGUCCCUGGCUGAGGCCGCGCUGUUGUCUGUCCAUAUGUGGUGAAUCAGAGAACUUUCCAGGGUGUCCCUUGGUAGUGGCCUCCUGUAGCUUUGUCAAUUGUGCAAGCAUAAAAUAAGAAAUGAAAGAAUGUACCGACACUGUCCCCUGGGGUGAAAAUGGAAGACGAAGUUGAGUCGUCUUUUCUCUUGAGCCUUAAAUCGUGAUUAAGAAUCUACUGGAUCUCAUCCACAACAGUGAGGUACUGCAACUUUUGGCAACUGGACAUCAUUGCAGACAUGAGCUUUCUAAACCAUGAAUUCUGACAAACCAUGAGAACGCAGUUUCGCAUUCCUUCUCUCAAACACAAAAAGAUUUUUCUGAUGCAAUUUGCGCUAUUGUUUUUGUCUGUGUGAGAAAAUGUUUUGGUGUAAAUCCAAAAACCUCUAGAUGAAGGAAUCUUGCCACAAGCUUAAUCAGAAAAUGUGUUAUUUCCUCGUUUGAUUCUUUAACUUCUUCCUGCCAAUCUGCAUCACAAACCUCUCAGAAACAAACCAGCAUGUAUUUAUUGCACUUUGUGAUUUGGGUGUGCUCUUGUUUUUUGUUUCCUUCUUUUGACCAUGAAAGUCCCGAAAAAACUGUGAAUUUCUUGGCUGUUUCUCUCGACUAGAGUUGUAAAUAUUUCACAAGCACAGAAGACAACAGAUGUUUUGUAGUUUCACAAGAAAUUAAAAAGUUUU